AUGCAUGUGCUGACCGAAAGCGACAGUGUAGAAAAUGAUGGCAGCUAUUUAAAAUAUGAGAGUUUCGGUGAUCAGUGCCCAUUUAAAACAAAAUACAAGACGGCCUUAAAAAGGCACACAAAUACACACCACUUGGAUGAUCACGAGAUUAAAUGGUAUGAAUGCAAAGAGUGUGCUUACAAAGCUAAACAAAAGGGCAAUUUGAAAUAUCACAUAAAUGCUCACCAUUUGAGUGAAAAAAUAAUUAAUGCUAUAAAUUGGUUUGAAUGUAAAAAGUGUCCCUACAAAACUAAACAUCAAUCAGCUUUAAAACUGCACACAAACGUGCACCAUCUAAAUGAACAUGAGAUCAAAUGGCAUGAAUGCAACAAAUGUUCAUGUAAGACUAUGUAUCAUUCCCUUUUAAAAAGCCACAUAAAUGUGCACCAUUUGGAUGAAAAAGAUAUUAAAUGCCAGAUAAAAACACACCAUGUAGAAAAACAGGAUAUUAAAUGGUAUAAAUGCCAAAAGUGCCCCUAUAGAAGUAAGUUUAAUUCUGCUUUAAAAAGACACAUGGACAUACGACAUUUCAAUGAAAAGAAAACAAAGUAUUAUGAAUGCAAAAAGUGUCCAUACAAAGGUAAAACAAAUUAUUUUUUGAAAAAACACGUCGACCUGGAACAUUUGGGUGAAAAAAGUGUUAAAGUGUAUCAGUGUCAAGAGUGCCUAUACAAAACAAGUGGAAUUAUCAUUUAA